CGACACAAUCCGUUCUGUGAUAACAGAGUUUGGACUUCUCUCUGCAUUUGGUCUAUUUUGAUCACCAGCGAAAAGAAAAAUAAGACACAAAGCUCCCUCCUCUGUCCAUCACGGAAAAGAUUCAAUCAUUUCCAAAAUGGCGCUGAUGAAUUUGCCAGUGGUUGGCCCAGUCUCCGUGGGUGAGAGCCUGGUUGCCAUGGUGACUAUAUGCUUGGUGUACCUCCUGCUGCAGCAGCUCCUCCACACAAAGAUACCAGAGGGGCUGAAGCGGCUCCCGGGGCCAAAGCCGUUCCCCAUCAUCGGAAACGUGCUGGAUGUGAGCAGCAACCCUCACCUCAGCCUGACGGCCAUGAGCCAGCGCUACGGCCCUGUCUUCCAGAUCCAGAUCGGCACGCGCCCCGUGGUGGUGCUGAGUGGAAGCCAGACCGUGAAACAGGCCCUGGUCAAGCAAGGGGAGGAAUUCUCCGGCCGGCCGGACCUGUACAGCUUCCGAUUCAUCAAUGACGGCAAGAGUCUGACCUUCAGCACCGACCAGGCCGGGGUGUGGCGGGCCCGUCGGAAACUAGCGCUGAGCGCCCUGCGCUCCUUCUCCACCAUCCAGGGCAGCAGCUCCGAGUACUCCUGUGUGCUGGAAGAGCACAUCUCCAACGAGGGCGAGUACCUGGUGAAGCGGCUCAGCACCGUCAUGGAAGCCGGCGGGAGCUUCGAUCCUUUCCGUCACAUCGUGGUUUCGGUCGCCAAUGUCAUCUGUGGCAUGUGCUUUGGCCGGCGUUACAGCCACGAUGACCAAGAGCUGCUGAGCAUAGUGAACAUGAGCCAUGAAUUCAAUCAAGUUGCGGGCACUGCCAAUCCUGCGGACUUCAUCACCUUCUUGCAAUAUCUGCCCAGUCGCACCAUGAAAGCGUUUGUGGAUAUCAAUGGCCGUUUCACUCGAUUUGUGCAGAAGCUCGUCAGGGAGCAUUACAUCUCAUAUGAUAAGAACAAUAUUUGUGAUAUCACUCACUCCCUCAUUGAUCACUGCGAGGACAGGAAACUGGAUGAAAACUCCAACACCCAGGUCUCCGAUGAGAAAAUUGUUGGAAUUGUCAAUGACCUUUUUGGAGCCGGAUUUGAUACUGUCAGCACUUUUUUGUCAUGGGCGGUCAUGUACUUAGUCGCCUACCCUGAGAUUCAAGAGAAACUCUAUCAAGAACUGAGAGAAAAUGUGGGGAUGGAUCGCAGACCCCGUCUUUCUGACAGAUCUAAUCUACCUUUCCUGGAGGCUUUCAUAAUGGAGAUCUUCCGCCACUCCUCCUUCGUGCCAUUCACCAUCCCCCACUGCACCACUAAAGAUACGUCGCUAAAUGGAUUCUUCAUCCCAAAAGACACCUGUGUCUUUGUUAACCAGUGGCAGAUCAACCAUGACCCUACAGUGUGGAAGGAGCCCUUUACUUUCAGCAUAGAGCGUUUCCUGAAUGCUGACGGCACAGAACUCGACAAACUGGAGGCAGAGAAAGUGGUAACGUUUGGCCUGGGCAAGAGGCGUUGCAUCGGCGAGGCCAUCGCGCGGUCCCAAGUCUUCCUCUUCCUGGCCAUCCUGCUGCAGAGGCUGCGUUUCCAUGAGCUGCCCAGGCACCCGUUGGACAUGACCCCUGAGUACGGACUCACCAUGAAGCACAAGCGCUGUCAGAUGUGCUCCAGUCCGAGGUCGUGAACGUACCAGUGAGAGCCUGGGGAUGGCUCGCCCGGCGCUUGCCCUGCAUCAUUUACAUGCGUUGACCCUAAAAAUGAGGGGACAUAAGUCCAUUACACAAUGGGGGGGUCUCACAGAGAAUCUAUAUUGUUGGGAGCCAAGAGCAUAAUUUUCUAUGUCCCUCAUGUUCUUUCAAGUUGAUGAAGUUGCCAUUUUUUAGGGCAGAUACUUAAGAGAUAUUGAACAUGUUGACAACCCUCAGGAAAAAUGAGUGUGAAAUGUUAUCCGCAGAAAUAUUAUAUAUUUGCUGUCAGUCAUAUACCCUCAAAUUAUAUUCUGAUUAUAAGAUUCCAAAACAUACAUUCCUUUGCAACUCCAACGGAUGGAAAAGUCUGUGUUUUAAUAGCAGGUUUGAAAUUAGAUUUAUUUGUAAGCUAAGUCGUUACACUUGUAUCUUUCUAUGGUGCUCAUUUCAUUAGCAAACAGAUGAAAAUGACCCAAAGGUGGCCUGUUUGUGUAGAACUAAAUUACCGGUUCAACUGCAAAACCAGAAGAAAGUAACCACCAAGUGAGUGAUACCAAUAGCGCACGUUUGACAAAGAUGUCUUCUAGUGGAACAAAGAGUAGCUGCUAUUUAGAUAGACCUCAGUACUUUUGAAUUUCACAAAGCAAUAAUUACUGCUACCAUCAGUGUAUUAAUAAAUUGCAUUACAUUAUAGGCAUUUGGCAGACGCUCUUAUCCAGAGCAAUGUACAACAAAGUGCAUACCCAUAACCAUUACAUUACAUUACAUUAUUGGCAUUUGGCAGACGCUCUUAUCCAGAGCGACGUACAGUUGAUUAGACUAAGCAGGAGACAAUCCUCCCCUGGGGCAAUGCAGGGUUAAGGGCCUUGCUCAAGGGCCCAACGGCUGUGCGGAUCUUAUAGUGGCUACAUUGGGGAUCGAACCCCUGACCUUGCGUGUCCCAGUCAUUUACCUUAACCACUACGCGACAGGCCGCCCUAACCUAGAAAGACCCUAGAGGGAAGUACAGUUUCAAGUGUUAAGAAUACAACAAUAAGAACUUGGUUCUUGUAGAUUAAUCUGACAAUGGACCUAUAAAAUCGUUCUUAUACAACACAAAGCAAAUUAAUGAUGUACAAUGAAAUAAUCAGGCCCCUUACAUUAUCAUGCACUUUUCAUGUAAGAAUGUAUUAUCAUUUUAUAAAUUUGUGUCUUUCCAUCUGCUGAGUGAAUGUGUUCGAUGGGGACUAUACGCACAUACGCUAUUUUUAUAUUUUAGGUAGCUUUUAUCCCAAAAUGUGAUAUAUUUUUUUAAUGUUAUGAAUUGUUGGUGAAGAACAACUUGUACAUGUAUGUGCCUACACAAACUGCUAUAUGAAAAAAAGUCUUUUUAAAAUAGCAGUGAUGAAGGAUGUUUUAUUCCAUAUGUGUAUAAGCAAAUACACACAUGCAAGCUAUUUUGUAAUAAAAAUAUAUUGAUACAU